ACGCCUUCCGAAUUCUCGAAUUAUUAACCUGAUCACAUCUGGAAGCCACCACCGAGACGCGUCCCGUGUUCUUGAACUCACGCGUGCCUACCUUACUCGCUUGCAACUUGCAAGGCAGUCGACCCGUGGAUUUUCGUCUUUGUUCUUCGAUCAAGUUUAGCUACAUCGUACCACUCCUCGCCACCUCUUCCUCCAGCCUCCAUCUGAACUCCAAGCUCAGAUUGACGGUCAUUUGCCAACACCAUCUCUGAUUGUCAUCUUCUCCGGCUACUCGCCAUGUCGACCGCCGUCUAUCGCUUUGGUAUGUUAUGUCCUGUCGACGAUGGAACCCAGCCUCUGGCUCCAGUAAUUAGCCUCAAUACUCCUCCCCAAGACCAAAGCAAAUCCGAGAUUCGCCCAAACCUUGCUGACCAAAGAUGCAGAGCUGGCCAAGACUGGUCGGGCAGGCUGUCAAAAUUCGGCUUGCAAGACCAAUGGGGUCAAAAUUGAAAAGGGCGAGCUGCGCAUGGGCACACUCGUCACAAUCAAGGAGCAUUCCUCGUGGAUGUGGAAACACUGGGGAUGUGUUACUCCAGUUCAGAUUAAGAAUCUUCAAAGUCAAGUCGGACCACUGGAAGACCUUGACCUCGAUACUGAUCUUGAUGCCAUCAUUGACGGUUUCGACGAACUGACCCCGGAAGCUCAAGACAAAAUCAAGUUUGCUCUAAUCAAUGGCCAUGUACCUGACGAGGAUUGGAAGGGCGAACCAGAAUUCAACCGCCCAGGGAAGAGAGGCAUCAACAAGCGAACUCCUAAGAAGAAGACAAAACACCAAGGCGACGACGAAGAUGGUGCGACCGCUGAUGAGGCUGAAACUCCUACAAAGCCUAAAGCCAAAAACGCCCGCGGCAAGAAACCCAAGCUCGAAUCCGAGGACGAAGCGCCAAUCUCUCCCCAAGCUAAGAAGACUAAUCGCCGAGUGAAAAAGGUUAAAGAUGAGCCCGAAGACGAAGGCGACGUCCCGAUCCCACGCAAGAAAGCUCGCAGUACGAAGGUCAAAGCUGAAUCUGAAGAUGAGCUUGCACUUAAUCCGCCACUCAAGGCGAAAUCUGCUAGCCGCAAACGCAAGGCGGCUGACGCAGAACUCCAAGACGCUCCCCCGGAGAAGCCCAAAAAGUCACGGGCAACAAAAGUGAAAUCUGAUCCUGAUGCCGAUGCCGGACCCAGUAAGGAUGUUGAUGUGGCUGAGAAGCCCAAGUUGUCUCGUGCGAAAAAGAUCAAACCUGAGCCAGAUGUUGUCCCCGAGGCGGAAGAGAGCGACAAUGGAGGAGAAGUUGUCAAGUCAAAACGCCAGGCCAAACCCUCUCGUGCAAAGAAAGUCAAGCCAGAACCAGAUGUUGAAAUUAUGCAGGAAGAUCAGGAAGAGGAGACCACAGAGUCCAAAAAGCGCAAACCUGCACCGAAGAAACCAAAGGCUAAGCGAAGAGGUUCAUGAUCUUUUUCUCGCUCUGCAACCUGCAGAUCGCGGCUGUAGAGAAGAUCGAGGAUUGGUAUGGGAUCAAUGGGUCCUCGACCAGAUUAAAAGAAGUCUACGCCUGCUUCGCAUGCGACUACAUCGAUUCAUGACGAUGGAAAUCAUCCUGUUGUUGUAUAUCAGGUCUCGGAUGUACUGAACCAAGCCACACAUUCUGACUCAUGUAUUACCACUUGGGUAUUAGCGUCCACCACAAUAGAAGUCUUGUGAUUUUAUCGAGAAGAGUGGUAUAGCUCUCACGACCACUGGUCCAGCAUGACACGCCGAGUUUAUCACCGAGAGGAAAACGAGUAGGUCAGUCAACCAACGAC